UGUCAUCAUGGCUAGUUCAAGCACAGAAAACUUGGCCGCAACGGCGGCCGCUGAUGAGGACGGCAUUGCUUUGUCUGCUCGUGCUCAGGAAGGAUUAGAGAAUUACAUACACGACCUCUCUUUGAAUGACAACCAGAAACUUGCCGGAACAGAUGAAGAGUUACUGCAGGACACCGAUCAGCAAGAAGAACCCACGGGCAGCUCUGUUGUAGCUGACAAAGUGCGUGAUUCCGCUGCCUCGAUCUCCGACCACACAGCUGUCGAGUCUCCUUUGGAGAUUACUCCCCCAUUAGAUGUUCACCAUUCUUCUGUUCCAGAUACGCUCUCCGCGCAGUCGGGAAACUCCAUCGAUGACAUUUCACGCUCUAUCGACGAGUUUGCUAAUGGCCUGACAGACGAAGACGCCAAACAGGAGGAAAACGAGGAGGAUUUGGUUGAGCCAGAAAAUAAAGCACGGGUCAAGCCUGGGGCGGAAACAGAGGAGUUUAGAGGCCAGUUCUUGAACGAUUUCGACACUAGCGAGGAACAGGAGCUUUCAGAGAUACAUAAUGAUACCAUUCGCACCUCGUUCGACGCAUCAACAGACACUUCGUCGAAUCGUGCUCCCGACGAUCAGUCGUCGUUGUCGUACUCUUCUCGCCUCUCAAACUCCCCAUCAGACAGGUUUUCGUGGCAACAGAAUGACGACAAAUUUCUGCUUGCAGGCCACGAUACAAGAUCGGUGAGCUCCUCGGGCUCCUUGUCGACCGGCCGCACUUACGAUUUGUCAGACAGCUACUCCGAAAGCGUACUGGGAGAAGAGUCCGAGGCAGACCAGUUCAGACAGAAUUUUGUGCGCCAGAACACAAAAGACACGGUCAGACCGGUGCGAUCUGAGACUCUGGGGUCUUCAGUGUACGAAGAUCCUAGAAGCGAGAGAUACCAGGGAAGAGUGCCCAUAGUGAAGCCCCCUAUUCAGCAGACCCGAGUGCGAUCCAUGUUGAUUGACGACGUCCCGGAGCCUCGCACCAACAGUCUAGGUGCAAGCGAGACGUUGCAAGACACCAAGGAGACAAAGGAGACUAUCAAGGAGACACCUGCCAUAACGGCUUUUCCCAACGCGGACGUGAAAAAAAUCAUGCAGCUACCGACGACCAAGAAGCGGCUUGCAGCGCUGCAGAAAGCAAGACAGGAGUUCAUGGAGUACGACACUGGGCUGUCUGGGUACCUGCACGAGGCCAUCAAGGCGGGCUCCAAGUCGUUUGCCAACACUGACUCACAACUGGGGCCAAACGUGCUGAACGCGUUCAAGAACUCAGACCAGUACCACUCAAGCACCCCGUCAACAGCAGAGCUGGCAAACGACCUUCUACGCACCUCGUCUGUGAUCAAACAGAAAGGACGCAACUUGCUACGAAAAAUACAUCUAAAAUGAGUACAUUACUGACGUUCCUGCAACUGUCCACCUGCUACCCGCACUUGCAAAUCCAUGAGCUCCUUCAGCCGGUGACAGCCCUCUAUACCCAGGCUGAUGAGUCUUUCUAGCUUGUCGAGCGGCAGCUUAUCCUCGCACAGAGUCAGGUUGAUCUUGUCGGAAUCGCCAACCACACCGAUCGUGAUGAAGCUGAGAUCGUUUUCUUCAAGCGCGUUCAUGUCCAGCAGCGGUGUCUGGUCGUACAGCCCCACGCUCACGGCACUGACGUAGUCGUAUAGCGAGAUUCCGGCGUCGAUCAGCGCCAGAGUGAUGGCGUUGCAGAAACAGGCCAGCAGACCGCCGUCCAUCGCCAGCACCGUGAGAUUAAUGUCUAUGGCUGUUCGUGAGUAAUUUUUCAACACUAUAGUUUUCAUGAAGCAACGUUUGAGAAUAAUGCUGAUUUCCUGUAAUCGUCUAUCGUUUUUUGGUCGUUUCUUUCUCUCAUUAGAUGCAAACGGCGGAUAGUUGAUGUUGAGAGAUAGGACUGGCCCGUUAGGGUCCAGCUUUGUUCCUGCUGCGAGAUUCGCCCCGUGUUCCAUCGGGCCCUUCACCAGACAUAACACCUUAGAGUUUCCCUGCUGGACGUACGACGACCCAUCGGCUGCAUUCGGAUGUGUGUUGAUCCGGCACUCAAAUCGUCUGAGCUCGUUCCACCGUCUUCCAUCCACCCUGAGACCUUCAGGCGAAUACAGUUCGAGUCUGCUCAUUAAAUAUAUUUUUUUAGAGUUUUAAAUUUUUCCGGCUGCUACAACCCGAUGCUGGAGUCGUCAGUGGACUGGGACUUGCUAGCUCAGACAUGGGAUAAAUUCAAAAGCUGUGUGAUUUGGUUCAAUGUGAGUAUCCGACUGUGCUUCUGGGCUAACUGUGCAGUACACUGUGUCGAUGAUCAUCAUCACGCCAUGGCUGCUAUUUAUUCUUGCAGAUCUGGUGGUGUACAUUUUCCGUGUGUGUUGGGACGCUGUCGCGUAUUGUCUUGAAAAAGCUCUGUGUCGCCAUGAGGCUGUAAAGGCCGUCAAAACCGAGUGACCCUAGUGCUUAUACGAUCUUGUGCUGUGUACUACUUAGGUAUGUAAAAUCGCCGCGACAAAAUUAUUUAUUAAACUAUGAGUGACCAAGAAUCAUCUGAGACAAGGACCAAAAUAGAGCUAAAAGAGGAAGAAAAGGCUUCUCAGGAGACAUCAGAGCCGGCUGUGAUUGCUGAGAAGGCCGACCAGGCGUCUUCUGAUGCUGCCCCACCGCCAAUGCCAAAAAGACCAGUGUCUGCAGCCGAACGGGCGAUCCAAGAUCUCAAGGAGGCGUUUCCGACUGUAGAGGAGAAGUACGUGAAAAUGGCAUUAAUUGCGUCUCAGGGCCAACUGGACCCUGCGUUCAAUGCGCUGCUGUUUUUGUCGGACCCUUCGUCGGACAUCCCAGUGCCUGUUAUGGAGACCAAGCCAAAGUUGCCAUCGAAGGACUCGUUUGAGCAUCGGCGGCAGCUGGAGUCCGACGAGGCGCUGGCCCGUCGGCUGGCCCGCGAGUACGAAAAACGCGGCUCUCGCCCGAAAGCUGCGCCCCCAAAGCCCAAGAAGAAGCCCGUUUGGGCUGCAAUCGAGGACGGCUCCGAUGACGAGGAGGACUUUGUCGACUCGCUGGCGAAAAACGUCGAGGAGGCCAGAAAUACCGUUGGCGGCUGGGUGAGCAAUUUGGCCAAGAAGAUCCAGAAGGAAGUCAACACCGUGCAGCAGGGCCAGGGCGAGAACCAGCUGUUCAAUGCGUUUGGCAGGAAAUCCAGCAUGCAGUCCAGCAGGAGCCGCGACGAUAGCCAAACGCCUCCUCCGCCUCCGGUGAGACCUCCACGUCCGCAGAAGACGAGCUCUGUGGCUGAGUCGCACAAGAGCGAGGAGCUGGAAGAGCAAGUUGCUGGAAUAAAGCUCGAGGACGCUACAACCGAUACGAAAAAGAAACACGAAUCCAUCUCGGCGAUCCAGCCGGAGCCCGUUGUGGACGACACGUUUGCUGUGGACGACAGCGACGAGGAAGACGACAAGAAGGAGGAAGAUAAGGAAAAGUAGUGUUGUCUAUGUUUCUAGUAUCAACCAAUGUGUGCUAAAAAUCCGCUGUCUGUGUAGCGGCCGUCGUUCAUCACGGUCUUCAUCACGCCCGGGAGCACCUCCACCUGUAUGGUCUCCACAGGGAAAUUUUCUCCGUCGACGGAAAUGUAGCUAGUGCGGCCCUUUUCCAGCAUCGGCACCAGUUUCAGCGACUCCACCUUCAGAUGGUCCACGUGGUCAUGCCACACGUGCAGACCCUUGUCGAGCUGGAGGAGGCUGUGCGCUGACCUCCACACCUGUGCGCGGCCGUCAAAGAGCACAAGGUCGAUCGCGCCGUCGUUAGGCAGCGCAGCAGGGAAAAAAUCCACGUCUUUAGCGAUGUACGGUAGCUUCCCCGUAUAAAAGAUGGACAGAUUCUGUGUGACGUUGUCGUCCAGCCAUUCCCAGCCUGCUGGCAGCCGGUCGUCGUCGAACAAUUGCCCGUCAAAAUACUUCGGCUUGAGAGCGUCCUCGUCCAGCGGUUUUGUCACGCCAUGCUGCUGGUACUGAGACUUGUAAUGUUCCGAAAGUUCCUUUUUGUCACUGGUGAUCCGCUUGACCGCCACGCGGCAGGGGAACUGUUUCCUGCGCAGAAUGUUGAUCAGCACCCCAAUGUCAAAGCGAAUUUUUCCAAUAAACCUCAUCCACUCGGUGCCUAUGUCUGCCUCGGCAAUGAUACCAUACGUCUGACUCAAAAACGAGAUUCGAGGGCUGCUGCUCUUGGAGCAAACAAGCAUCAGAUCGCUGCGCACCGUGUGGCCCUUGAUGAUUUCCAGAGUCGCCAGUCCUGGUUUCAAAGUGCCCAGACACGAGAGAGCCAUGGCGUUGCCCGAUCCGCACGGAGUCUGCGCGAUAAAGAGCUUUUGAAACGCCUUGACCCGAUCUUCGCGGCUAUAUAUGCCGUUCAGUACUUCGUGCGGGAUUCCGUCACCUGAAGCACAGAUGACUCCGUCGUAUUUAUCGAUAUCCACAUAUUUCAUGUAUUCUGUAGCAUGGCCAGAAUAUUCCGUCUUGACCAGCUCCACGUGGUACCGCGCGGCGCUCAAAACAGGCUUCACAUAGUGCUUGUACAAAUGAAUCGCCUUACCCUUGCCACUGUGCGGGUUCACAAACACAAUGACAGACUUCUUGGGCUCAGAGUUUGCGUAUGCCAGAGCCAUCAACUGCGACACAGAACACUUCGAUCCGGGCUCGUUCGACCGCUGGCUGCCGGUCACAUCAGCCACAAUGGUCCGAACCUUGAAAUGUGAAUCCUGCUGCUCGACAUAGGUGAUUUCCAUACUCUCAUUUAGAGCUCUC